UUCUCCGGUAACUUAUCAGUUCUACUAUUUUCCGUCUCCUCUUCAGAGAUCUAGUCCCAGGACUUUUUCCUCCGUGUCCUCCUCAGAGACCGGUCCAGUCCCAGGCCUCCUCCACCGGUUAUGUCCCGCCAUGUUUGACCUAAAGGGCGGCUGGAACCUGUCUUUCGCCGGCUGCGGGUUUCUGGGGAUCUACCACAUUGGAGUAGCUAGCUGUCUGCUGGAGAAAGCUCCGUUCCUCAUCCAAGGGGCCACCAAGCUGUACGGGGCCUCGGCCGGGGCGCUGACCGCUUCAGUGCUCGCUAGCCAGGCUUGUUUGGCUAAAUGCUGUGAGGAUGUUCUGGAGGUGGCGAAAGAGGCCAGGAAGAGGAACCUGGGCCCGCUUCACCCAACCUUCAACCUGGUGAAGGUGCUGAGGUCCGGCUUGGACCGGGACCUGCCGUCCGAUGCUCAUAUCCUGGCCUCAGGGAAGCUGAGUGUGUCCCUGACCCGGGUGUUGGACGGGGAGAACAUACUGGUGUCCGAGUUCAGCUCCAAAGAGGAGCUCAUUCAGGCACUGAUCUGUAGCUCCUUUAUUCCCAUUUAUUGCGGGCUGAUUCCUCCAUCCUUCAGAGGAGUGCGUUACGUGGAUGGGGGGAUCAGCGAUAACCUUCCCCAGUCGGAGCUGAAGAACACCAUCACCAUCUCUCCCUUCUCUGGGGAAUGUGACAUCUGUCCUCGGGAUAACUCCACCAGCUUCCAUGAGCUCCGUCUCACCAACACCAGCAUCCAGAUCAACAUGGGGAACAUGUACCGUCUAAGCCGGGCCCUGUUUCCUCCAGAACCAAAGGUCCUGGCUGAAAUGUGUCAGAGUGGUUAUAAAGAUGCUCUACGUUUCCUCCAGGAGAACAGCCUGCUGAUGUCAGAGAGCCCCGCCCCCAGCCCCGCCCUACCAGACAUCUCCAUCAGCUGCUGCUGCCAGCCUACUGAAACUACCAGGGAGUGGGUCCUCCGGAGACUCCGGCUCCUGCAGGAGAAGCACUGGUGGCUGGAUGAGCAGAUCACUCUGCCCACCCAGAUAAAGAAAGUGUUCUGUAAAGCCUGCCAGGACAGAUCGGGUCUGUACGCCAAAGUGUCGGCCAUGUUGCCACUGAGAGUGGCAUCCUACAUGCUGAUGCCGUACACACUUCCUGUUCAGUCAGCUUAUUCAGUGGCUCAGAGGUUUGUGGAGUGGAUCCCAGAGGUUCCUGCUGAUGUUCGCUGGCUGUUCGGUGUUGCAGGUGAUGUGUAUCGACAGGCCUGGAAACCCAAACCAGGCAGCUCCUCCAGUGAUCCCUGCCUUAGGAAGUGUCUGAGUGUCCCACCGCUGCCUUCAGAGAGUCAAGCCCCCUUCCAGAGAGAUAUCCUGCCUGCUCUGUCCUCCCUGGACCUCCACGGAAACUACUGGGAGAUCCCAGAGUCCACCUCCUCUUCAUCCCAUCACCAUCCUCUUUUCACUGCCCCCUCCUCCCCACAGCAAGUCUGCUUCUUUGUCAGCUCACCAGAUGAUAGUGACGGCGACGUCCAGCAGUGAAAUAAUCCAGGACUCUGACCAGGACAAGGUUCAUUUCAGCUCUCCCAGGGAGAGAACUGAUCAACACCGCCUCAUGUCUUUAUGUCUGAUUCCUUCAUGUUUUAGUCGUGGCCUCUCAGUAAGCUUCUGUCACAUUUAUUUGUGUCACAUUAAAUUUUAACAGAGACCCUCUGAUGGUGAUUAACAAUCCCAGGUCAGAACUCAGUCCAUUACCUCCCCUCAUUCAGGGACAGAGCAGAAGACUACACAACCACUGUGAGGUCCUGUGUUUACAGCUUUUAUUCUCCAUAUCAUCCUGUACAAAUGUUUUUCUGUCAAUAUUACAGUCUGAUUUUAUUUGAUUUCACCAAACACAUGUCAGGAUUUUCUUUCUUGAAGAUGGCGUUCACCACUUUCUCAGCAGGUUUUAAAAAUGUUUCACUUCCUUAUCUUGUUUCAGUGGUUUUAACAUCUAAUAGCUCACAAAAGUAAGUACACCCUCACAUUUCAUUUACCAUGUUAUUUUACACUGCUUGGCCCAAAAAGACUCCUUACCUGGAUUUAACUAAGCAAACAGGUUGGAGCCUCCUAUUGGAUAAUUCCUGCAGUGUGGUCACCUUCCAGCUACAUCAAGUUAUUUAACCCCAACUGAAGCAGCUGAAGCAGGAAAGACACAUCUGUGGUUGUGGAAAAGAUGUUGGUCUAAGAAGGGUCAGGCCAUCAGCAUCAAGCAGAGAAAACAACUAAGGAGAUGCAGAAACUACUAGAACUGGGUUCAGAACUGUCAGACGCCUCUUUAUAAACUAGAAGGAUAGUGGGGAACCAUCGUCUUCCAGGAAGAAAUGUGGUCAGAAAAACAUCCUGAAUGAUGCUGAUCGGUGAUCAAAUAAAUGUUUGGUGGAAUCAGAUGGAAGAAAAACAGCAGUAGAACUCAGGGCUAUGAUUGACGGACAGAUGGAUGGAUGGAUAGAUAGACUAAAACUACUCUCCAUCACGGGAGGAUGAAGAGGGUAGUGAAGAGACACUGCUGAGAUACAGAGAUCUAUUACACAUUAUGAAAUUAUUCAGUCCUGUGUGAGGACUUUCCUCAUGACACAUCAUUGUCUCUAAAACGUUGUGUUACCAACAUUUUAAGUAAAGGUCCAAUUUAUAAAAGAAAAUGAAAAAAUAUCGCAGUACAAAUCUUGUGACGCCAUCUGACGGUGUGUCAUGUUGGAUAUGUACAACCAGAGUAUCUGAAUGACUGCAAUGACUUGCUGUUGCGGUUUAGAAAUAUUAAAAGGUUUGGCCAGUUUGUUGUCAUACCAACAUUAAACACAAAUAGACCAGA